GCGGUCCUUACAGUAUGAGCUCUGUGUCCAGGGGGACUCCGAUGAGAUUUCCACGGCCGUGUAUUAGGGGGCAUCAACACCUAGCCUUGUGCUGUCCGCUAAUGGAACGCUCCCUACCGGGCGAAGAUGUGAGUGAUGACAAGUGACGCGUUGGAGUCUCGCACAUUUAUUCUGGGUUGUCUCUUAUAUAAAUUGUGGGUUUUACAAAAACUACAAUAGAAGACCUCUUACUUGGAACCGGCUGAAUCAUCAAAUAUGGCUUUCCAACCGGAACCAAAGAAAGUUCGGGCUCUGAGUCUUGCAGGAAUUGCUCAAGUCUCCAAUGACAUCUCUCGAAAGUUUUUGGAUCGCAGCGAUUUGUCCCGGCUUUUAAGAAUUGCUUCAAAUUUUCUUAAGGAUCACACUCAAGUGCUGGUGGAGCUCGACAGCUUCUUCGUUUGUGAUCCUAAUGCCAAAAUCAAACUGGUCUUUGUAGAAGACAGUGUUUUAGUGAAGAACAUUUUUAUCAUGUCCUCCUCUAUGCAAGAGCUGGCACAAAAAUGCCCCGAGAACCUUUAUAUUGACUUCUUCAGUAAUAUCGGCCCUGGGCUGAACUUGUACAGUGUUUCCUGUGAAGAUGACUCCGGCUGGAAGAUGUGCGCUUGCUGCUUAUCGAAAACUAAUAACCAAGACACAUUGAGGUUUCUUAUUGUUUCUGUUUUGCAAAGUAUUCCGAAAAUGAAAGCGCAGAUCAAGUCCCUUAUAAUCCACCCGGAGAUCUCCGAACCUUUGGACCUGAGCAUGCUCUUGCCCAACACAACCGUCAAGCAAUGUAUGCUGUUAAUUGUUAGGGUCUUAGAACAGAAAAUCACUCAUUUACAAGCAGAGACACAAACCCAGAUAAAGUCCUCUUUGCAAGCCAUGUUUCAAGCCCGAUCUCUGAAAGUCUACAAUCGUCACCUCAAUGAAUUUAAAGCCUCAAGCCCUGGAGAAUUUUACCAACAUUACAUUGAUACCUGGCAUCCAAGUAGGAAGCUAUGGUGCACGAAAGACAGCAUAAGGAUAAGGACAGAGAAGUCAAUACAUGCUUACGUUGCCUCCCUCCAUUACACACUGUCGUCAAGAAUGGGCAUCUUGCCAUCCCUUUAUCAGUGCUUACGAGUCAUUCUUCGCCAAACCCACGAAUUAGAAAGCGUUCCUGAUGCUUUAUUCGAGGUGAAUUCUGAGCCUGUGCCUGAUUCACCCCCAAAUCCAGAGGAACAGGCUUCUGAAGAUAAAAAGAAUGCAUUGGAGCAGAUGGAGUUUUAUAGUUGGGAGGAUUUUCAGUCCUUUUUAAAUAUUUGGUGUGAAGAGCAGAAAAUUAUAUUUAUUAUACGUAAUUCGAUCCCCCUGAGUAAUGAGGACAUCAGCAGCGAUCUGAUGCAGUCUCUUAAGUACAGUAUGGUGAACCUUGGGUGCAGCAGCUAUACAAGGAAGCGGUGUCCUGCCACCAUUCAGCUGCGCUUAGGCCCAGAGAUGGACAAGCUGAUCAUCACAAAAGCCGACCUCAAUCACUGCCACGAUUCAGAAAUCGACCUCCCUUCUCGUUUCACCAGGAAACCUGCCUCCUUCGUGGAAGCGCCGGCAGAAAAGCCAACCGACUUCCCCGACAAAUUCAUGGACAGGACAGAUUUGACCAAGCUUCUUCAUUUACAGUUCCCCUUUGGCCGGGAGUCCCAAUUUCUAGAUGAACUCGAGUCCCUUUUUAACACUGACCCCGAUGUAAAAAUCAAACUGGUUUAUUUCGAUGACAAGCUUACAUUGAAAAAUAUAUUUUUCAUGACUACUGGCAUGCAGAACCUAAUUCAGCAUUUUUCCGAGCACCUUUACGUCGCCUUCCUUCCAGGUCUCAAUCAGGAAUUUGAUUUGUACUCAGUUUUUUGCCAAGAUGAACAUUUUACGUGGAAAGUCUGUGCCUAUUGCUUAGCACGAAAGCAAUCCCUGGAAACGUUAAGGUUCCUUUUGGUCUCUGCUCUUCAAGUUCAUCCGAAUUUGAGCAAGCAAGUGAAGUGUUUGACCCUGAACCCAGAUAUUCUGCAUCAUGCGGAUGCAAAGCUACUGUUCCCUAAUGCGAUAGUGAAGCUUUGCUUGCCUUUUGUCUUCGAGUUCAUGAAUCACAAAAUGACUUUCUUGAGUCAAAUGGAAAAGUCUCAAAUCAAGAAGCUGCUGGUCAGUCUUUCUCAAGCACCGUCCACCGACAUAUAUAAACGGCACCUCCAUGACCUAAGGGCUGCCUGCCCCGAUGAGGUUUUCCAGUAUUAUUACGACAUCUGGCAUCCAUUAUGGAUUUUCUGGUCCGGAAAGGACAGCAAGACAAAUGAUUUGGAAAACUCCAUUUAUAAUUACGUGGCCCAGAAGCAUAAGGACUUAAAAGCACAGCUCGGGUCGUUGUCCACGUUGAGCCAGUGUCUCCACGCUUUACUUGUGGAAGAUGAAGGCCAUGUUCAAGAACAGACUGAAUCCAAAAAUGCCUCCCUCACCGAGGAAAGUUUACCGGUCUGCGAUGUAGAAGCGCCACCCGAACCCGCCAUGGACCAGAGCGAUGCUGAUGUGAAGCCAACCGCUGAAUGUGAAUAUAAUCAGGAUUGUGAAGAUUCGCUUAAAGUGCAAUUGAACGGCAAAGAAUUUCACAGCUGGGACGACUUCUGCGAGUACCUGCAAGGAUUUACCAAAGAGAACUAUAAUCUCCGCUUUACACCGCUCGCUGAAGAGGAUCAGGGUGAAGGGCCCACUGCACCCACCGUGGCCGAAUCUCUAAAGUACAGCUGGGCGCAGCUUUCCUGCAGUUGGAAGAACUGCUCAUCAUUCAUCGAGCUGACUCUGGGUCCGCAGAAAGACAAACUGGUCAUCUCGCAAAGCAACCUGCACCAUAACCAUGUUGAAGAAGAUGCAGCGGAGGCGCCACCAGAGAAGAAAUUCAAACCGUCUUCCGCAGUAGGUUUACCGGCACAAGUUGCCAACAACAUAUCUAAGAAAUUCCUGGAACAGAGUGACCUAAAGCGGCUCCUCCGCUUCCGUUCCGGCGCUUUUGAGGACCGUACACAAGUGCUGGCGGAGUUGCAGUCCCUCUUUUUUUCCGACCCUGAAGCAAAAGUCAAAUUGGUAUUUGUGGAAGAUAAGUUGCACGUGAAGAAGAUCUUUCUGAUGACCUCGGCUAUGCAAAAUCUAGCGCAGAACUUUCCCGAAUAUCUCUUCAUUGAUGUGUUUUUAGAGUUCAGUCACAGCUUUGAUUUGUACACCAUCUUUUGCGACAAGAAGGGAGAAGGUUGGACACCGUGUGCAUAUUGCAUCGCCAAAAAAGGAACCGGCGACAUCUUGAAGUUUCUUAUUGACUUGCUUCUCGAGAUCCUCCCCUCGAUUAGUAACAAGGUAAAAUUAAUAACCCUCAAUCCCGACAUCCAAGAACCGAUUUCCCUCGAGACUCAGUUUCCGCAUGCGAACUUGCGGUACUGUAUGCAUCUGGUUCUCAAUAUCAUGUACAACCGAAUCUCACACCUCGAAGUUACCGUCGAAGCCCAGAUUAAAAACUUCCUCCACAUCCUCUCGCAGACUUGCUCCCUUAAGGUCUAUGAACGAUAUUUGAAUGACCUGAAAGCCAUUUGUCCGGCAGCAAUUUUUCAGUAUUAUUUCGAUACCUGGCACCUGCGGCGAAAAAUGUGGGUAAAAAAAGAUAAUCGGACUGAAGAGGCCGAAAGAACCCUGUCUGAACUGGUAUCUGUCAAUCAUGUGAAACUCAAGCAGGCGGUCGGCUAUAUGCCCUCCUUGCAUCAAUGCCUUUGUUCUGUCCUGGAAAAUGGAGGGAAAGCUUCGGGCAACGAUCUCCAUAUCCAGAGAGCUGAUAUUUCAUCUUUUUGUGAUUUUGAGAAGCCUGCCGUUCCACUUCUGAAUCAACAGGAUCUUGAGCCUCCUGAGCAGAAUGAAGGGAGUCUUCAGAGCCCUGCUGUGGAGAACAGUGCAGAAGAGGUAUCCCAACAGAAGCAAGUGGACCUCCUGUGUUGAAUUCUUUGUCUUGUCCUCCAUUUUCCAUCUCCGAAGACUUCAGCGCAUUAGAACAUCAUUGGAUCUAUUAAGACUUUUGGAUUUACUGUAAACUUUAUAUAAAUCUUUUCUCGAUAUUUUGGAUCUGCAUGUAAAUAUAGAUGAAUUUCCAAUA